AUUGCUUGCAGGAUCGCUGUCGUUAGCAUCCCAAUAGGCUAGCGGCGGUAGCAUCGAGCCUGCGGAGUGACCAGGAAACGACUUGACGUUGAUGAUCUCGGGCCACAAAAAAAAAGGCAAGAUGGAAUACACAUACAUUGCACGUUUCUUUCUUUUUACGUUCAAACGGGGCGCGGAAGCUCAAUAGAUCGAACUGCAAUGUAGCGUUUUUGCAAUGAAGUAAACUCGUCUGUCUUCUUAACCCCAGCUGUGCGGAUGUCUUGCGGUAUUAUUUGUUGUUUAUUAUUUGUCAAAUAGCUUGUGGAUUAAUUCUCCUCUACCGCAGUAUGUCAUCGACAUACGACGUACGCACGUCAUUACACACCACGUCACAGCUAUGGCAAUGUAUGAGGCAAUUACAUAUUGGGAGCAUUUCUACCUAGCAGGUUUUUAAAAGGUCCAUUGCGCGCUGCCCAGCUGAAGUCGCUGUCUCCUGCCAACCAUUUACCAGGCAGUGCAAGUGGAGCUUACAUGGCCGUCCAUACCGAGACUGAACAAACGAGCAUGUGACUGAGUAGCAGAGUCUGCACCACAUGAUCUGGACCAGUGGAGGAAGCUUAAAUCAAUCAGUGGUCAUCCCUUUCAUCGCAGUGAUUUGCCACGAGCAGCCAUGUCAACCAAAACGUCUCUCCUGAAAGUUAUCCUCCUGGGCGACGGCGGCGUGGGAAAGAGCUCCAUCAUGAACCGCUACGUCACCAACAAGUUUGACGCGCACCUUUUCCACACCAUCGGCGUGGAGUUCCUCAACAAAGACCUGGAGGUGGAUGGCCACCAGGUCACCUUGCAGAUCUGGGACACCGCCGGCCAGGAGCGCUUUCGUAGCCUGAGGACUCCUUUUUACAGAGGCUCCGACUGCUGCUUGCUCACCUUCAGCGUCGAUGACAACCAGAGCUUCCUCAAUUUGGGCAACUGGAAGAAAGAGUUCAUCUACUACGCUGACGUCAAGGAGCCGGAGAAGUUCCCUUUCGUGGUGCUGGGCAACAAACUAGACGUGAGCGAGAGACAAGUGUCCGCCGAGGAGGCCCGGCGGUGGUGCCAGGAGAAUGGUGACCACCCCUAUUAUGAGACCAGCGCCAAGGAUGCCACGAAUGUAGCGGUGGCCUUCGAGGAGGCGGUGCGUAGGGUUUUGGCGAUGGACGAGCGAGCGGACCACCUCAUCCCAACAGACACGAUCAAGCUCCACAGAAAGCCUCGUUCUGCCGCCACCUGCUGCUCAUAACAUCUAAGUUGCUCACCACAACCUUCGUAAAUAAUCAGGAUUUGCUUACAGAUGAGUUCAGUUGAAAAGGGGAAGCACUAAGUGUGUCUUACUACAUAUAAUUACGAAAGCACUGAGUUCAAAGGUCACAUUUUAAGAAUGAAUUAACUGUAUUUCAUAUUAGCUUUGUGUGGGUACCUAAAAACAUGCCGAUCUGUAGAUGAGUGCAAUUAUGUGAAGAUCGUGUUAAUAUUUAGAUUUGCAUUAUUUCUUAUUCCUCACAUAUGUUACUAACAAAUCAAUUGAUUUUUGACACAUUUGCACGUUUUUGCCUUGUGAAUUGAUUAUUACUAAGUUCUCAGAGUACAAAUGCUCCCUAAUAAGCAUUAAAAGUGGAAACUUGCAUUUUUUUUUUUAUUCACUCGUACAAGAAAUUAAGAGAAAAGUAGUGAUGCAAUUGUGGCUAUUGCUGAAGAGCACCUUUGAUUUUUGGUUUGGGGGACAUUGUGUCUGUUGAUUUUUUUAUGCUUUACAGUUGAAGGUCUUUUUUGUUGCUUUUUUUUUCAAAACUGAAAUAAAAUGCUAAUACUUGCAUUUGUUGUUCAUUAUUCAUAUGCCAACCAACAAAUAAAGCAUCUGGGAUGAACUGAA